UCUGAAAUUACCUUGCCUGAAUUUCUUGUUUAAAAAAAACGCGUGAAAGAUGGCUUAAAUGAUACAUAAACAGAGAGUAUAAAUCCUGGUUCGGGCACAGAUGGAACCCCACAAAAAUUGACUAAUGCAAGCAAUUGCUUUCCACAGUUCUAUGACAACCAUAUCUUUCAAAAUUUGUCGUCGCAUGUACUAGCAAUAUAUGCCUCAUGAAUCACAGCCUGUGCAUAAUUUUAGUACUGCAUAACUAAUUGGCUGUGUUUCUCCCCAAGCCUUGUUGAAUUCACCACUAAAACAAUGAAUCCAUCUUUUAUUCUCCUGAUCAUUCUGUGCCUCUCCACACAUUCAUCAAACAACACUGUCCUGUCUGUCAACACUUCCUCCACUCCACCGCCAAAAAUCACACCUCUACGAUCAGAUAACAAUACCAUAUACAAAAUCUCACAGCAGCUAUGCUGGAAUUGUGUCGCGGAACAAUUCCAGUUUCUGUUUGCUCACAAUAUAGUGAGGGCAGCCAAAUGGGAGUGGCCACUCACUUAUGACACUCAGCUAGAGGACUACGCGAAAUGGUGGGCUGGACAGAGACAAGCAGACUGUGAGCUCAUACAUUCCUUCCCAGAAUUCGAGUUCAAACUUGGUGAAAACAUCUUCUGGGGAAGCGGCUCUGAUUGGAAACCGACCCAGGCUGUUCAAGCGUGGGCAGAAGAAGAAAAAUACUACAAUUACGCGGCAAACAGUUGCGCAGAGGAACAAGAAUGUGGACAUUAUACGCAGAUAGUGUGGAAAACAACAAGAAGAGUGGGGUGUGCUAGGGUGGUUUGCGAGAGUGGAGAUGUGUUUAUGACUUGUAAUUAUGAUCCAGUGGGUAAUUAUGUGGGAGAGAGGCCUUACUAGUUCAUAUGCAACACAUUAGUAUAAUGUAGAAUAUGCUACCAAUACCAUGGUAGUUGCUAUAGAUUUCACAUUGCCCAUAUGAAAUGAAUGUUGUUUUGUUAGAACAUGCUUAGUCUUUGAUGGUGUACUAGUAUUAUUUACUUUGUCAGCAAGAGGAAUCUCAAUAAUAAACAGAAAGCUACUGUCAAAGCAGAAGACAAUAACAUUUUUAUAACUGCAGUUUACAAUACCCAGAAGCAAGUUAAUCCUGCAGCUCCAGCUAUGAUGAAUUUGAUGAUGAACUUGUAGCAGUGCAAGCCAUGAAGAUGUAAUCACAACAGUCUCAGCUGCAGAUGGUGUAAUCAUAUUAGAAUUUGUUAAAUAAUUGAGUAUACAUUAAAUUUAAGUUUGGACAUGUAUUUCAUAAUUAUUUGAAAUCUAAUACUAUUAAUUUUUUUAUGGCGGCCAUGUUGUUAAUGGCCAAUGUGAUGAUAGAGACUUGAGAG